AUGCCUGAAUACUGCUCAAAAGGCAAAGUCCAGCUCCUGAAAGGUAAUCUUUGUUACGGCUUGUCACUGAAAAGAGCAGAAACACUUGCUGAAGACACCGUAGAAAUGGACACUGCAGGAAAAGUGAUUAAAUGUAAGGCGGCUAUAGCAUGGGAGCUGCACAAACCUGUCACCAUUGAGGAAAUGGAGGUUGCACCCCCAAAAGCUCAUGAAGUCAGAAUAAAGAUUCUGGCAUCUGGAAUUUGCGGCUCAGACCUCAGUGUACUAAAAGAUAAAUUUAGUGGUGUAAAGUUUCCAGUUAUUUUGGGUCAUGAAGCCAUUGGCUUUGUUGAAAGCAUUGGUAAGGGUGUGACUACUGUCAAACCAGGUGAGUCUUGUAUGAGUGUUACUUUUUUCAUGAAUGCCCACGAAAGCAGUUGCACUGAAAACAUAAACUAUCAGCAUAGUACAGUAUUUUCACUGUUUGUAAUAUCAAUUGCAACUGUAAUUUGGAUGGGUCUGAUACCUGCAAGAAAAUACCCAGUUGCAAUAAUUUUUGCUCUUUUUACACUGCCUCCACAUAUAUACUAUAACCCAUGCUGUCUUCUACAUGUUAACAAAUGUAAAAAAAAGUCAUUUCAUGAAUGUAACUUACUUCCUUUAGGUGACAAAGUGAUUCCACUCAUUUUAUCAAAGUGUGGACACUGCAGCGCUUGCAGAGAUCCAAAUUGUAACCUCUGUGAAAAAAAUGACGUUUUUGCCAAAACAGGGCUGAUGUAUGACAAUACGAGCAGAUUCACAUGCAAAGGCAAACAAAUCUAUCAUUUUAUGUGCACAAGCACUUUUACAGAGUACACUGUUGUCCCUGAUAUAUCUGUUGCCAAAGUUGAUCCUGCUGCUCCUGUUGAAGGCUGCCUUAUUGGCUGUGGAUUUGCUACUGGAUAUGGUGCAGCAGUGAACACUGCUAAGGUUACUCCAGGAUCUACAUGUGCUGUAUUUGGUUUAGGAGGUGUGGGAUUUUCAGCGAUUAUUGGCUGCAAAAUCGCUGGAGCAGGUCGGAUUAUUGGGGUUGGUUCACAUAAGGAUAAAUUUCCAAAAGCCAUAGAGUUGGGAGCCACUGAGUGUUUAAGCCCCAAGGAUUAUGACAAACCAAUUCAAGAGGUCAUUAGAGACAUGACUAAUGGCGGAGUGGAUUUUGCCUUUGAAUGUACUGGAUAUGUUGAAACAAUGAAAACGGCAUUUGAAUCAACUUACAUAGGUAGUGGGGUCACCAUGGUGCUUGGAGUAGCAGGACCAGAUGAUAGGCUUUCUUUUCAUCCCGGUGAACUCAUGAUGGGACGUACAAUGAAAGGAUCCCCAUUUGGAGGUUUUAAAAGCAGAGAUGAAGUACCAAUGCUUGUUUCUGAUUAUAUGGCAAAGAAAUUUCACCUUGAUUUCCUGGUGAGCCAAAGAAUGUCAUUGAGAAAAAUGAAUGAAGCAUUUGAAUUGAUGGAAAAUGGGAAAGGGUAGGUAUUGUCUUAUUUAGCAAAAUACAGUGCUAUGACUGUUUUUAUGGAAACGUUUACAUUUAUAUAUUUUCUAUGGAAACACUAAUAUUUAUAUUUGUAGUCUGUAAAAGACUAUUUACAAUUAUAUGUACUCUUUCUAUUUAAUACACAAACGUUUUAAUCACUUUAAAUAUAUAUCCUUAGAAACAGUGCUUGUCAUCAGUUAUAAUUAGUACUCACUAAUGUCACUUGUGGCAUAUGUCUGGUGCAUCAUAAAACAAAAUGAAAAGGUAUUAAAAGUUACCUAAGAGUCCUGUGACCUACAGUAUAUUAUAAUAGAACUUUAUGGCCACGGACCACUGCAGUGAUUUCUAACAUCCUGAUAUUUUAAGACAUCAGAACACGAUUUCCAAUAUAUUGUUCUGGGUAUUAUAGUGGUAUGAUAUUUUUAUACAGUAAGCAUACUUACAUAAAACAGAUAAUUAACCCAGUGUCAAAUUAUAAAUGGUUGAAUACAAAAUAUUGAAUACAAAAAAUAUUACACUAUAGGCCUUAUGUAUGAAUGCAGUGGAAAAUUGCAUUCAUCUAAAGGAAGCCCUGCGAAUAAACUUGCCUUGAGGAGGUAUUACUUCCAGGGCUUCCUUUGUGUGCUAUACACUAUGGUUGCCACCUUUGCUGAUUGCAGAAACUAGACUUAAGGGUGGUGGCAUUUAAGGGCUAAAGCAAAAAAGGGAAAGUUGUGCUCACCACUAAAUUUUAAACCAAUGAGCACAGGUGCAAUGAGGAUAUGACCAUAAAAUUCAUACAGACAAAGACAAAUAGU